AGGGGAAGUGAAACCUGUCCUGGCAGGAAGUGAAACAGAAUGUGAGCUUUUCUGGUGCUUCUGACACAGCUGUUGGGGGUGAAGCAAACAGGUUACCAUUUCUGGAGCUGCUCUGAGGUACUGGAUCCCCUGGGGUGGCCGCCUGGGUGGUGUCCGGGCUGCGAGGUACAGUCAGGGGAAGCUGGGCACCAGGGCUUGCUUCCCUGGCCGCAGGCCUCCCUGUGCCCACCCCGAGUGGGCCUGCCACUUUCUGUGGGGAGGGAGAACUGGGCUUUCUCCACAACAGCCUCUUGAAAAUGGUGGUGGGGACAAGGGCAUCUACUCAGAACUACAGAUGCACACGGUCCGUCCCUUUGUUCUUGGUCUAGAAACACUCUGUUCGUAGAGCUUUCCUGCUCCCUCUUUUAACAAGUGAAAGGGACACGUCCUGCGGAGGGAGAAAGUGAAGCCAGUAAAGCACCGACAGGGCUUGUGUUCCUUAUGCUCGACCAGGUGGGGCCUGGCCAGUGCCGCAUAGACUUCUGUCUGGUGGGAAAAUGUCCCCAGAUGCUUGGCCACACGCAGAUAUUUGGGGUUCCUGGGGAGGGCAGAGUUGGAGAGUUUGGAACUUGGUGGCCUGUUGUGAGUCACCAGGGAGAGAGGGACGAGGGGCUGCGGCCGUGGAGGGUUCAGUGGGGGUGGUGGGGGUGUUGGUGGUGACAUGGACGUCACUGUCCUCUGGCCCUAGAGAGUUCAGUUGCUGGAAGCCUGAGGAGAGAGUUGAGGGUUCUUCAAAAGUCUAACUCUGAUUCGGGGGGUUACCUCACCGUCAUUGUGAUAUCAGAGUAAGGAGUAUCUAGUUCCUUCUUAAAAAUUCCCUCUUGGUAUCUGAUAGAUCAUAGGAUCAUCAAAUGCCAGGCCUAGGAAGAAUCCUGGCUGUAAUACAUUUCAAUAUUACCAAACUUUCCAUUUUUGUCGUAAACCUGCAUCUCCAUUUACUUAGUAUUUUUCUUUAGAUUUACUUGCUUUAAAACUUUUCAGUUCAACCUAAACAGUGGCAUCUUAAAUCACUGAGGAUACACGUACACCCUUUGAGAACCGCUGAUGCGGUCCAGCCCAUCCUCACUGCAGGCGAGGAAACUGAGAUCCGGAGACAAAAAGUGAAUGGCCCCAUGUCUCACAGGUAAAGACAAGCGAAACUGGGAUGGUUUCUGAGGUCUCCGAAUUACAGUCUUGAUUCUUUCCAGGAUACUGCAUCAUAUUUCUCAAUUCUUAAAGGUAAUUCAAAUCAAUACCUUAGGUAAAGUGUGAAACAUGGUGCCUGGCCCGAGGAGGCUCUUCAUGAAUGCAUGUUUCUUUCCUUCCUCUCUUAAAUCCCUGCUCACUGCAAACCUGGACUAGAGGCUCUCUGGAAGCUUUUAGAAUCUUUUCAUGCUCAUGUUCUGGAAAAUCAAGAUGCUGUUGCUCGGUGCGGCUGUUGAGGGAGUGGGCUGUGCCAGGCGUCCCAAUGCUCGCGGGUGGCUGGUCCAGGCAGCCAGCCCUGCCCUACCUGCUUUUGGUGGCGGCCAUGUCUCUGUCCUGCUCAGCUGUGCCCAUAGAUGUAGCACGAAAGCAGCUGCUAAUGAGAGAGAAGACGAUGAGGCUGGGAGGGCAGCUGGUGCUCAACAGACAGGAGGAGCUGGCCAACCAGAGGCUCAUGGCCCUGAAAAGGGCCGAGGUGGCUCAGGCCAUGCGGACCCAGACAUUCCCGCCCAGCAUGCACUUUUUCCAGGCCAAGAGCCUCAUUGAGGAAAGUGGGGUGUUCCACAUCCUGAGGAAGAUGCCGAAAGGAGCUGCAUUACACAUCCAUGACUUUGGCAUCCUGAGUAUGGACUGGCUGGUGAAAAAUGUCACCUAUAGGCCUCACUGCCAUUUCUGUUUCACCCCAAGGGGGGCCCUGCAGUUCAAAUUUGCUUAUCCAGGCCCCCCAGCCCCUCCACCAGUGGAAUGUUCAGAGUGGAUUUUGCUGGAGAAGCAUCGUAAGGGGCUGCCGAACAUCACUGAGUUUGACAGCAGCCUGCUGAGGGCUUUCACGCUGGUGACCGAGAACCCUGAGGUGACUUAUACAAACCAAGACAUCGUCUGGUCCAAGUUUGAAACCAUCUUCCUCUCAAUCUCUGGCCUUGUGCACUAUGCACCUGUGUUCAGAGACUACAUCUUCCAAAGCCUGGAGGAGUUCUACCAGGACAAUGUGCUCUACCUGGAGCUCAGAGCCAUGCUGUACCCGGUGUAUGAACUGGACGGGACAACCCAUUCCCGAGAGUGGUCAGUGAGGACUUACUCCGAAGUGGCUUGUAUGUUUGCGAGAAAGCAUCCUGGGUUUAUUGGAAUCAAACUCAUUUAUUCGGAUCACAGAUCCAAAAAUGUGUCCCACAUCAUGAAAUCAGUCCGAGUGGCCAUGGCACUGCGAGCCGACUUCUCCCAGGUGGCGGGGUUUGACCUGGUGGGGCGUGAGGACACCGGCCACUCCUUAAACGAUCACAAGGAGGCUUUGAUGAUGCCAGCCUCAUAUGGCGUGAAACUACCUUACUUUUUCCAUGCUGGAGAGACAGACUGGCAGGGUACUUCCAUAGAUGGAAACCUUCUGGAUGCCCUAAUACUGAACUCUACCAGGAUUGGCCAUGGGUUUGCCUUGAGCAGACACCCAGCAGUGUGGGCUGACUCCUGGAGGAAGGGCAUCCCCGUAGAGGUCUGUCCCAUCUCCAACCAGGUUCUGAAACUGGUGUCUGACUUGAGAAACCACCCUGCAGCUGUUCUGAUGGCCACUGGCUACCCCGUGGUGAUCAGCUCUGAUGACCCAGGCAUCUUCGGGGCCAGAGGCUUGUCCUAUGAUUUCUACGAGGCCUUCAUGGGCAUCGGGGGUACGACGGCCGACUUGAGGACCCUCAGGCAGCUGGCCAUGAACUCGAUUGAGUACAGUGCCCUGUCAGCUAAGGAGAAAAAGGCUGCCAUGAAAACCUGGGAGGAGAGCUGGAAUAAGUUUGUAGCUGACCUGGUCGAGAGGCCGACCUGAGAAAGCAGCCACAUGCCACCCCAUUCCUCCGCUUCCCAGCACCCCAUCAUCACUGUCAGGCACUCUUGAAUCCACUCCCGUGGAGCCUCCACCUGCACUGCUCUAUCACACUGACCUGGGGGAGGCCCCCCGCGGCCUCCAUGCCGCCUGGCCCGGCCGGGACACCCAUCUUUCUCUGAGGGCCCCUUCUAGCGCCCCUCUCCACCUGACCUCUUGGCCGGGCCUCCUCCCAGUCCUGCUUCCUGCUCUCGUCUCUCUGCUUCCCUCCUUGGCUCUUCUCUUCUCACUCUGCCUUCUUUUCUUAGGUAGUCUCUCCAUUCCUUUGCUUUAAAAUAUCAUUUAUUUGCUGAUGGUUCCCAAAUUAAUUUAUUCACUUGGAUGCUUAUAGGACAGAAACCUGUGUGCAAUUCCAAAUUAUCAAUCUCUUUACCCUUUCCCUGGUCUUUCCCAUCUUGGCAAGUGGCACCUCCAGCCAUCCUGCUAAGUUGACCAAAGCAGAGAUUUUCAGCAAAGUUCUUGUUUCUGCUUUUGCCUGCUCCCCACCUCAAGAUGUAUCCUGACUCCAUCUACUGUCUCCACCUCCACAGCUACUGACUGAGUGCAAGCUACUCUCCCCUCUCACCCGAGCUGCAGUAGGAGCCUCCUAAUUGAUCUCUCUUUUUGUCUCUUUGCUCUAUUCAGUUCACUUUCACAGAGCAGUGACUUUUUAAACUUUAAAUUAAAUCAGCACACUCCACUGCUUGCAACUCGGUGUGCUUAGAACCCCAGUGUCUCCUCAGGGCACCCUGUUUCGCCCGGGUCCCUCCAGCAUCACCCUGCACCUGGUGCCCUUUGCUCCUCAAAUAGCCUAAGCCCUGUCCUGCAUCAGGUUAGUCUCAUUCUCUCUACCUGGAAUGUUCUCUUUCCACUUUUGUCUAACAGACUCCUGUUUACACUUCAGGUUUCAGGUUUUAUGUGACUGUCUCAGAAGGGCAUCCCAGACCCCUACCCUGUUAUUCUCUCUCAUGGCUGCUUGCUCUUUUCCUUCAUGACUCUUAUCGUGCAUUAUAAUUAUGUAUUUAUUUCUGUGUUUAUAAGCUCCCUCUCACCAGACUGUAAGCUCCUGUGUGCAGGCACUAAUGAUUGCUUCCUGUGCACCGAGAACCCAGAUUCAAGCUCCAUGCCCCAAACCUAGUUGGUAACUCAAUAAAAGAUGUGGUGAAUGAAUAGACAUAACCUGUCUUUUCUGUGCCAUCUGCUGAGGCAGAAGGAAGCCUUGCACAGACUUCC